AUGAUGCCGCAGCGCCCCUCUUCGCCGCACCAGCUCGUGGCGCCGUCUGUCCAGGACUGGAGCGCCGACCGCGGCUGUUCACCCUCGUCGCGUCGCGGCAGCGACCCCGAAGAGACUCCCGCAAGUCUGUCAGACGCGUGCGACAAGCCGCUGCCCUCGCCCAGCCCCCUCGCCGCCGAGCGCGCUGAGGACUCUCCGGGCGAAGGCGACGCAGGGGACAACGACGACGAGGCGCCGGAACAAGACGGCGCGACUGCGCAGGGCGGACAGACUGCGCAGCAGCGAGAGGGCGAGAGGGCGGCGGAGGGCUACGCGAGGGGAGUUGCGAGCUUGUCGGAGUCGUCUGCGGCGCAGUGCGCGAAGCGGAGGCGCGAGGGUUCCCCGGCAUUGCGGCCGCGGCGCCGGGGGGCCUCUGUAGUCUCCUUUCGGGCUCCGCGUGCGCGCGCCGAGUUCGAGGAGACGACACCGCACCGCCGCCGAGGGGCGGACUGCGCGCGCCGAAGCAGCUUUGCGGACGCCGCCAGUCCCGUUCCCGCGGCCUCGCCGACCAGCACGCCGCGCCUUGAGAAGCAGCGCAGGCGCCGGAGCGAAGAGGCCGAACGCACACCCGCGGAACACGAACCCGGGGCGCCGUCCAACGCACACGCAGACAAGGAAUGGGAAGCGAAGGAAGGAGAGAGGGAAGACGCGAAGGAAGAAGACGCCCUCGCGAACUCUGACGAAGAAGACGCGCCCCCCCUCAGCGGCUUCUCGCGGCCGCCCGCUCAAAUGCGCAGUGCAGUCGAGGGAGCUUGA